CCUAGCAUGGUUCCUAAAAAUAACCCCACGAUGGUAUAUAUCUGGAAGCCUGGAACCUUCUCUCCUCUUUCCCCUGACUCGGUCAUCAAUAAACCAUUCUGCUUAUCACAAACCAUUUUGCAUAUCAUUUCCAGAAUUCGCAUAGUCAAUCUAGCUUAUCUCUUUUGUUUUAGAUUUUCUCCCUUCAGAAAUGAUUUUCAGAUAGGCAGCCUGGAAGGCGGCGCUCAAGUCUGAACUCUGAACUCUGAACUCGAACACUUCUGUUCCAUUGAGAGAGCAUAUAUGAUGAAUGGCGAGGGCUGCUCCUUGGUGGCGUUAGCGGCAGCGGCGGGCGAUAACGCCGCCCCGGAUUCUCAGUCCAAGAUUUUCGGGAAGUACGAGCUGGGGAAGCUGCUCGGUCUCGGAGCUUUCGCGAAGGUUUAUCACGCCCGUGUCGUCAAGACGGGGCAAAGUGUCGCCGUGAAAGCCGUGAGCAAACGGAAGAUUCUCAAGGGCGGCCACGCGGAGCACGUCAAGCGGGAGAUUUCUAUCAUGCGCCGGCUGCGCCACCCGUAUAUCGUGCGCCUCUUCGAAGUCCUCGCCACGAAGACGAAGAUCUAUUUCGUCAUGGAGUUCGCCAAGGGCGGGGAGCUCUUUGCCAAGGUCGCCAAGGCCCGACUAAGCGAGGAUCUCAGCCGUAAGUACUUCCAGCAGCUCAUCUCCGCCGUCGGUUACUGCCACUCUCGCGGCGUCUACCACCGCGAUCUCAAGCCGGAGAAUUUGUUGCUGGACGAGAAUUGGGACCUCAAAAUCACCGAUUUCGGGCUAAGCGCCUUGACGGAUCAGAUCCGGCCAGACGGCAGGCUCCAUACCCUGUGUGGCACUCCAGCCUACGUCGCCCCGGAGAUCCUGGCGAAAAACGGUUACGACGGCGCAAAGGUGGACCUGUGGUCGUGCGGCGUCAUCCUUUUCGUGCUCAACGCCGGCUAUCUCCCAUUCAACGACACCAAUUUAAUGGCCAUGUACCGGAAGAUCUACAGAGGCGAUUUCCGGUGCCCGAAAUGGACAUCGCCGGAUCUGAAACACCUCCUCCAUCGUCUCCUGGAUACAGAUCCGGAAACCAGGAUCACGGUGGACGAAAUCAAAUCCGAUCCGUGGUUCCGGAAGGGAUUCAAAGAGGUAAAGCCCCAAACGGAUUUCGAAUUCGAGUUCAAAUCUGCCUAUGGAGACAACAAGAAAUACCUAAACGCAUUCGACCUCAUCUCGUUUUCCCCCGGAUUCAACCUGUCGGCGUUGUUCGGCAUAGUCGACACCGAGCAGCUAUUGUCGGCACAUCCGCCGGAAAAGAUCGUCGACGGGAUUGAGAAGAUAGCCAGGGCGGAAGGGAUGAGGGCGACGAGGAAGAACGAGGAGGGGGUAAGGGUGGAGGGGCAUAAUGGUAAUAUCAUAGUUUUCGUAGAGAUUUACCGACUGACGGUAAAGCUGGUAAUUGUGGAGGUUAAGUAUCCGCGCUGGGGGGAUGCAUCUGGACGGGAAAUGUGUAUAGAUAAGUUUAGGCAACAGCUUAAACUUUUUCGUUAUCAACAGCAAGUAGUAGCUCUCUAAUCAUCAUUAGCUUUGAUUUAAAUCAUUUUUUAUGAGUAGAAAAUUAUGUUUAGAUAAUAGAAAAUUAAAUAAUACCAUGUUUUGUGAACUAUUUUUGAAGAUAAUAAUAUUACCACAUAACAUAAAUAUGCAUGUUAUUU